AUGGAUGAAUUAAUGAUCCGAUAUGCAUUAUUUUUCUCUUCACUCACUCUAUUCUUCGUAUCGUUUCUCACAAAAAAAGUCAUCGUGCCCAAUAUUGCUAGAAAAAACUUCCCACCAUCACCACCAAAGCUCCCGAUAAUUGGAAAUCUUCAUCAACUGGGUUCAUUGCCUCAUCGCUCUCUUCGGCUGCUGGCUCAAAAACAUGGACCACUUAUGUUUCAUCACUUUGGCAGCACCCCAGUACUUGUAGUCUCGUCAGCAGAUGCAGCUAGGGAAUGCAUGAAAACGCAUGAACUUGAUUUUGCAGAUAGGCCUCGAGUAGAUAUUGUGAAGCAAAUUUUCUACAACAUGAAAAGCUUGAUCAGUUCCCCCUGUGGAGAAUACUGGAGGCAGUUAAAAACAAUCCUUGUCCACCAGCUUCUUAGUUACAAAAGAGUCCAAUCAUUUAAUGUGAUUAGGUAUGAAGAAAUAGCCCUCCAGAUGAACAAGACCAAGGAGUCUUCUUUAUCCUUGUCACCUGUGAACUUGAGCAAAAUGUUUACUUCGCUUACUAGUGAUGUGUUCUGUAGAUCAGCUUUCGGGAGAAAGCAUAGUGAAAAUGAAUUAGGGAAAAAAUUUCUGAUGGCUAUAGCUGAAGGACAAAAGAUGCUGAUUAAUUUAAGUAUCGGGGAAUUCGUUCCAUGGCUUUCAUGGACUAACAGACUGAGUGGUUUCAAUUAUAGAAUAGGGAAGGUGGUUAAACAAAUGGAUGAGUCGCUGAAUGAACUGAUUCAAGAACAUUUAGACAAUGGUCUCAAAACUUCAAGAGGGGAAGAAGCAAAGGAUGAAACUAAUAGAGAAUAUUUUCUUGAUGUUUUACUUAAUAUUUACAAUGAUAAUAUUGCAGGAGCAUCGAUUGACAUGGAUGGUAUCAAAGCAUUAAUUAAGGAUAUAUUUGGUGCUGGAACUGAAACUACGAUGAUAGUUCUAAAGUGGGCAAUGACAGAGCUCUUAAGACACCCUAAAAAAGUGGUGAUUAAGGAAACUCUUCGCUAUCAUCCUCCAGUUGGACUUAUUCCCCGAGAAGUGAGGCAAGAUGUGAAAAUAAUGGGAUAUGAUAUUGGAGCUGGAACAGUGGUCAUCAUAAACGUUUGGGCUAUUGGCAGAGAUCCUGCAUACUGGGAUGACCCAGAAAAAUUCGAGCCAGACAGAUUCUUUAAUUCUUCAGUAGACUUUAAGGGACUUCAUUACCAAUUUAUUCCAUUUGGGGGUGGCCGCAGGAUCUGUCCAGGGAUUGGUUUCGCUAUGGAAACUGUUAAACUUGUAUUAGCUAACCUUGUGCACAAAUUUGAUUGGGAACUGCCCGAUGGAGCAAAAGGGGAGGACAUUGACAUGUCUGAAGUCCGUGCUCUUACAGUUCCUAGAAAAAAUCCUCUCAUUGCUGUUGCAACUCCUUGUUAUUUCUAA